AGCCUCUGUGAGUGAGGAGGAAUGAAGGAGUGGGGCGAGGCGGGGCCUCAGCCAUUGAGGAGGGAAAAGGGGCGUGGCGGGGCCUCAGUGAGUGAGGAGUAAGGAAGAGGCGUGGUGAGGGCGGGGCAGGCCCGCAAAGUGUGCAGAGGAAGGAGAGGGAGGCGGGGCUCACACUGGAGGCCCAAAAGGAAGAUGCGGGAGGAGCGGAGAGGGGGUGGGUCAGGCUCAGGCCCGGAGCAGGCGGCGCGGAGGCCUCUGGGAAGCAGGAAGUGAAGGUGGCUCCCAGUCCCCCUCCUCCUCCUCGUCCUGCUCCUCUACUUCCAGACAUCUUCCCGCUUUGGCCCCUUAACGGGCCGUAGAACUCCCACCGCGCCGCGCCUCAAGCCUCGGAGCCUCUCCUGCAUGGACUCCCUCCGGCCUGUGCCUCCGGGAGCCCUGCCCCUCCCCCCCACCACCUGAGACGCUGCUGCUGGGCGGGCCUGGCUGGGGCGGGAAAGGGGCUACAAGAGUGGGAGGAGCCGCGCCUGAGUGGGAAUUAACUGCAGGGUACCAAGUAUCUGAAGGGUCCUCUUCGGGAUCUUCUUUCUUGCUAAAACGACCUGCCUGGAGGGGGUGUUCCGGGAGGGGGCGGGGCAGUACCUGAUGCAGUUUUGGGCGCCCUGUCCGGACCCUCGGACCCAGGCGUCCUGCCUCCCAGCCUCUGCUUCAGGCACCUCAAGUACGGUCUAUUCAGGAUGAACUGGCAACCAGAGAGAGGGCGGAGAGUGAAGAGGCGUUCAGGAGGGCUUCCUGGAGGCGGCGAGAUGGUCCUUUGGACUGUAGGGAAGCCGGGGAGGUGCUCCUGGCCCAGGGGCUGGUGUGCCCCGGGGAUAAAGCUCUUUAAGUCUGAGACCGACUUCCCACCACAUUUUCCUUCCGGGUUUCCCUGGAGUUUUAUUGGGGAGCCUGGAGUGCCCGGGAUGGCCCUGCAGACAGGCAGACUCCCAGCCCAGGAGGUGGUGACAUUCCGGGAUGUGGCUGUGGACUUCACCCGGGAGGAGUGGCGCCUCUUGUCCCCUCCCCAGAAGGAGCUGUACAAGGAGGUGAUGCUGGAGAAUGUCCGGAACCUGCUCUCUGUGGGGCUUCCAGCUCCCCCAAAAGACAUGAUCUUGGAGCAGAGAGAAGCCCCAUGGAUGCUGGAACAAGAAGGCCUGAGGUGCUAUUGCCCAGGAGAGAUCAGAUCUGAACUGAAGGUGAAUCCAACAGAAGUAAGCCUUCCUUUGGAAGAAAUGGACCUACAAAGAUUCAUGAGUGAUGGUCUUGAUAACGUUGCUUCCAGGGAAUUCUGUGUUGCACCUCAAAAUUCAUCCCAUAAUGAAUAUCAAAGAAUGUACACUGAGGAAAAAUCUAUUGAAAGUAAUCAGUGCAGAGAAACUGUUAUGCACAGGGCCAGUCUCUUUGGACAUCAGAGGAUGCACACUGGGGAGAAACCUUAUGAAUGCAAGCAAUAUGGAAAGACAUUCAGUCAUAGCUCUGGUCCCGUUAAUCAUCAGAGGAAGCACAUUGGGGAGAAGCCUUAUGAAUGCAAGCAAUGUGGAAAGAGAUUACGUCGGAGCUCUGGUCUUGCUUCUCAUCAGAGGAUGCACACUGUGGAGAAAUCUUAUGAAUGCAAGCAGUGUGGAAAGACAUUCAAUCGGAUCUCUGAUUUUGCUUACCAUCAGAGGAUGCAAACUAGGGGGAAAUUUUAUGAAUGCAAGCAAUGUGGAAAAACAUUCAGUCAUAGCUCUGGUCUUACUUAUCAUCAAAGGAUGCACACUGGGGAGAAACCUUAUGGAUGCAAGCAAUGUGGAAAGACAUUCAGUCAGAGCUCUGAUCUUGCUGUACAUCAGAGGAUGCAUACUGGGGAGAAACCUUAUGUAUGCAAGCAAUGUGGAAAGGCAUUCGGUUGGAGCUCUGGUCUUGCUUAUCAUCAGAGGGUCCACACUGGGGAGAAACCUUAUGAGUGCAAGCAAUGUGGAAAGACAUUCACUCAGAGCUCUAGUCUUGCUUAUCAUCAGAGAAUGCACACUGGGGAGAAACCUUAUGAGUGCAAGCAAUGUGGAAAGACAUUCAAUCGGAGCUCCGGUCUUGCUUCUCAUCAGAGAGUACAUACUGGGGAGAAACCUUAUGAGUGCAAGCAAUGUGGAAAGACAUUCAGUCAUAGCUCCGGUUUUACUUAUCAUCAGAGGGUCCACACUGGGGAGAGACCUUAUGAGUGCAAGCAAUGUGGAAAGACAUUCACUCAAAGCUCUGGUCUUGCUUCUCAUCAGAGGGUACACACUGGGAGCAACCUUGUUAAUGCAAGCAAUGUGGAAUGACAUUCAGUCAGACCUCUUUCUAUUGUCUGAAAGAAAUUUACACUCCCCCAUUUCUGUGGCAAUAUACCUAGUGUGAGCCUAAACUUGAAUCAGGUGAGGAUUGUGUGAUAGAAAUCAUUGAAUUAGGAUAGAGUGGCAACAGUAGAGAGAUCAUGAGGUUAUUUCAGGUUGAUGUCCCCUGUAUAGCCCCCUGGCCUGUCCCCCUGGGUGGCCAAGUCAAAAUAGAAAGCCAUGGUUGACUCCUGAGAUGAGAUAUGUGGGUUAGUGGGCAGAGAAAUGGUUUGAUCAAAUGAGGCAAGAGCAGAUAUCCUAACUCUUUCCUUUCAGUUUUGUUACUUACUAAACUUUCUUGUGAGCAUGGCUAGGGCACCUUAAUGGUGGCCACAGAAUAACAAGCUAAAUGGAGUAAUGAGGAAAGUAUAUCUUGUGUUUUUCCAUUCUCACUACUACCUUAGAUUAAAGUUAGGUUACAGCCAGUUAUUUUAUUACAGCCAUUCCUCUUAUACUCUAUACCACAGAAACCAGGCAUUCAAUAUAUUAAGCUCUCACCUUGCUGAGGAUCAGACAAUUCACUCUCUUAUGUCAUAAGCUCUCCUAAGAUUACUGUAAAGAUCAAAAACAUUGAAAUAUAUAUAAAUAAAUAAAUUGAAAAAUAAGAUAUAUUUAAAUGUGGUCACCAAAAAUUAAUAUAUCUCAAUUUAAGAUUAGUUUUUGUUAGUUUAUUUAUAAAAGGAGAGAAUAAAUGUAGAAAAGUGAGAAAGGGCAGAGUAAGAAAUCUAGCUUAACAAGCUAGAUUAUUUGCUCCAGCCCUGGCUUUAGUCAGGUAGGGAUAACUAAUCCUCAACUGGAGGGCCUUCAACCUUCAACAAAGGACUGCUGUUGAACAAAACAAGGGCUCUAUCCAUGAAGCCUUUUCCAAGAUGUAUUCCUAUCCAGGAGUCAGCCUUUUCAUGUAUCCACUCUAUAUUCCCAAUGGAAUGUCCAAGUGCUGUCUCAACAAUUCCAGAGUCCCAUGUCGACAAAGGAGAUCCUUUCACCAGACUCCAGCUUGAACUCCCAACUCCAAAGAACUACUCGUAAAAAGUUCCAGCUGCUUUUAAAGACACUUGUUUGAAUUUCAUCCUUUGCAUUCCUUCCUCUUUAUGUGGUCCAGUUGUAGCUUUAGCUUUGCUUAGGACUGCCCAGAAGACAGUCAGUUAUUUCUGGUUGAUCACCAACUUUAGCACAUGUGAGUCACAGACUUCCUCCACUUAAAGAUAAGAAGGGGUGUAUGCACUUCUGUGAUUAAACCAAAAAUAAGCAAGAGGAUAAUUAAUCCCAUCUUCACAAUUUCCCCUGUGAUCAUUUGGGACACUAGUCUCCCUAAUUGAUUAAUAUAAUCAGCUUACACCUCUAAAAAUCUUCUAACUACAAGUGUAUACUAUAUUGCACCUUCUAGAAGAAACUAAAAUAUAGAUAAGAGGAAAAUAGGAGAGAGCGUUAAACCAGUGUUCUCUAGGCUCAUUAACAAAAAGUCAAUAGGGGGAAGUCCCCUUUGGCAUAAGAGUGUACAUUAAAAAUUAAAUGUGUUCACCACUCUUCAGUUCAAUCAGUUGUACCCCAAAGUUCAUUCUGUGUCUUCUUGAUGCAGUGUAGGUCUCUGCAGUAAUCUUUCUCCAAACAGUUCAUUUUCUGGAAUCAAGGAGUUAGUGUAAAAAUGGACUCAAAUCCAGGACUUCAAUCCCCAGAAGUCCUUGCUUCACUUCCCCAGAAUGCUUUGUAAUCUCACUGAAUUCUCACCUGGGCCGAGAGCAAAAUCAUUUAAAGGGUCUCCACCCAUGGCAGGGUCUCUUCUCUUCCUGGCUUCUCUGGCAAACAGAUGUGUCUCAUGAUGUGAGUGAAAAUUGGGUGGGCCUCAUGGCUCACCUAGCACAUGCUUCUCUUGCUUGUAUUUUCUUUAACCCUUGACCUUUAAUAAACUUCAUAAAAAUAAUACUCCUUGCAGAGAGAAACUAAUUUCUACCUGCCUCAGCUUCACCAAAAUUUUAAUCUUUACAGUUGGUGACCUAAUGGAAAAACGAAAUACUCUCAAUCUUCUGAUUCUUUUCUUUACUGAUCUUUAGUUCAGCCUUUCGUAGCUACUGCCUAGAAUUUUUUUAAGCCACGUUUCUCCAAGAUGCUUUUUUAGAAAACCAUCUUGAUCAGAUCCUGCCGGCAGCCAUCCACUUAAGACUUUCUUGAGUCCUUCCCUCCCAUGCCACUUCUCCCUGCCUGCGUACUUGUCUGCAGCCUCAGCCCCCGCCCCCCAGCUCCAGACCUGUUUUCAGAUUGCCGCUCACCUGCCCACCGGCCCUGCUGCUGUCCCAGCCCUGUCCACCCCGGUGUUCUCUCUUGUUCACCUGGCCCACCUGAUUCAACCUAGAUUGCAAUCACCUGGUGACCCGCCUGCCCAACAAACUCUAGCCUUGGAGCAGAUCACUUAUCACUCAAGACUCAUUUCUACCAGCUGGUAACAAACGGGGGCAUUGGCUCCACCUUGGCGGAUUGGGCUCCACAUGGGCGGAUCUGAGCGUAGGAGGGAGAGAGACGAGGGAAAGAAAGAAAGGUUUUUUCAAGCAGGAACUUAAAAACAUGGCUAUUUUACAAGGAUGUCUUUUAAUUGCAUUGAUCCUUUUAUUGCCUUCACCUGCAUGUCAGGGAAAAUAUUUAGCUCCCUACAACCAUUUAGCUAAGGUUGGGGAAAAAACUCUGCAGUUGAACUGAGAGCCAGGCCUAGAGAUGGGAGGUUCUCAGUUAAAGUCUGGCCUGAGACACUUCAUGGCCGUGUGGCCCUUAGAAGAUCGCUUGGACCUUAUUGCUUAGCCCUUACCACUCUGCCUUCCAACAAUAGGCAUCUAAAUGGAUAAUUCAAAACAAAACAAAACAAAAAAAAAAACAAAACCCAAGGAACUUUGAAAAGACUAGUGGCUAUAUAUUUUAAGGCAUUUCAGACUCCAAUGGUUAUAAAAAAUCUCUGAAUUUCUAUUGCAUUUUACUGUUUGUUUUGUUUAAGGUUUAACUUUGUGAUUUUAAGUUCAUAUAUUACUGGAUUCAAUAUUAUUCUGUUAUACUGUUCAUUUAAUGUGCUGAGUUUUAAAAUUCUGUUGUUUUCCCCCUAUAACUACAGUAAGAAAAUAUCAUUUUAAUUAAGCCCAUAUAUGAAAAAACAGCCUUUCUAUUUUGACUUUGUCAAAUUGUCAAAUUUCACAAAAUGUGAAAUUGUCACAUAGAGGAUAGAUGGACUUCAGAACUGGUUACAAUUGCUAUAACAACCUUUGAAAAAUUUAAUGUGCUAAAUAUCUCAACUGAUUUUAAGGGUUUUUUUAAAUACGAUUUUUGGAAUUUUUUUUAUAAUCUCUGGUCAUUUUUUAAAUUUUUUUAUAAUAUUUUAUUUGAUCAUUUCCAAGCAUUAUUCAUUAAAGUCAAAGAUCAUUUUCUUUUCUUCCCCCCCACCCCCCAUAGCCGACGCGUGAUUCCACUGGGUAUCACAUGUGUUUUUGAUUCGAACCCAUUGCCUUGUUGUUAAUAUUUGCAUUAGAGUUUUGUUUAGAGUCUCCUCUGUCAUGUCCCCUCAACCGCUGUAGUCAGGCAGUUGCUUUUCCUUGGUGUUUCUACUCCCAUAGUUUAUCCUCUGCUUAUGAAUGGUCUUUUUUCUCCUAGAUCCCUGCAGAUUUUUCAGGGACAUUACACCGCCACUAAUGGAGAAGUCCAUUACAUUCGAUUAUACUACAGUGUAUUAGUCUCUGUGUACAAUGUUCUCCUGGUUCUGCUCCUCUCGCUCUGCAUCACUUCCUGGAGGUCGUUCCAGUCUCCAUGGAAUUCCUCCACUUUAUUAUUCCUUUGAGCACAAUAGUAUUCCAUCACCAACAUAUACCACAAUUGGUUCAGCCAUUCCCCAAUUGAAGGGCAUCCCCUUGUUUUCCAGUUUUUGGCCACCACAAAGAGCACAGCUAUGAAUAUUCUUGUACAAGUCUUUGUGUCCAUUAUCUCUUUGGGGUACAGACCCAGCAGUGCUAUGGCUGGGUCAAAGGGUAGAUAUUCUUUUGUCGCCCUUUGGGCAUAGUUCCAAAUUGCCCUCCAGAAUGGUUGGAUCAAUUUACAACUCCACCAGCAAUGAAUUAGUGUCCCUACUUUGCCACAUCCCCUCCAGCAUUCAUUACUUUCCUUUGCUAUCAUUUAGCCAAUCUGCUUGGUGUGAGGUGAUACCUCAGGAUCUCCAGUCAUUUUUGCCUGCCCCUACCACGAGGUAAGGCCUAUUCCAGUAGCUGAAGUGAAAUACAAUUAUAACCUCCAAUCUUCCGGCAUUUCUAAAUAUGUGAAUGGAAGUUGGGGCAGUUAAUCUCAGGGUAUUUGUAACCCUAAAAAAGCCUCCAAAAAUGGAGCUCUUCAGCUCACUACUUAACUUCCACCAGAAUGCUAUUUCUUGAUUAUGUUCUUAACCCAAGAUGAGUUUUACUUUGUUUAAAAAUAUGUUUAUUCACCAAGGUUGAAAGAUUGCUACAUUUGUAAAAACUUGUGACAAAUAUCCAUCAAUUCAUAGGCUUAUAAAUGCCAUACAGCAACUUAUGUGAAAUAUGAUAGCGUGAUUUUUGGCUAUUGUAAUUAAUUGGGCUAUUGAGAAUUUUGGGGAUAUCGAUACCACAUAUUUGUACUACUGUUCUUUAAAAAUGAAAAUUAUUACCUUGUUCAA